CCACGCCUGGCUGCGCCGCGGCCGCUCCCCGGCCACGGGGCUUAUAAGAGGCUCCGGCUGGGGCUGGCCGCAGCUGCUGCUGGAGGCAGAAGGCGGCGGGGAGAGGCGAGAGCCUGCGGCCAUGAAGUCCCCGCAAACCAAGAGCGCGGCCGGCACAGGCUCCGGUGACGGUCCCCCGCGUCCGGCCCCGGGCCCUGCGGCGCUGCGGGCGGAUGCCGGGGAGCUGGCGGAGGUGCUGGGCGAGUUCGAUGCCGUGAUCGAAGACUUCACCUCGCCCGUCAGCAAGCGCCACUUUCAGUACGAGGAGCACCUGGCGCGGAUGAAGCGGCGGAGCAGCGCUAGUGUCAGCGACUGCAGCUGCAUGAGCGACUCAGAGAGUGCAGAUUCACUCUACAGAAACAGUUUUAGCUUCAGUGAUGAAAAACUUAACUCUCCAACAAUGUCAAUUCCAACUCCUACUUUACCAUCUCCAUCAAUAACUCCUUGUAAAGCAAAGCUUGGAGACACAAAAGAACUAGAAGAUUUUAUUGCUGAUCUUGACAGGAUAUUAGCAAGUAUGUGAAGCAAAGGGAUUUUUGGCAUCAUCCCUGUCUACAGAUAAUUCCUCAAAAGAUGCAAUGAAGACCUAAUGCUAUGGAUCACUGAAAGCUGCUGCCAUGUCUGACCACUGUCAACUUUUCUAUCCUGCAUAUUCAUCUUCUGAACAUAACAGUAGUCACCUUCUCUAAGCAUUUAACUGAUGACAUCAGUUUUGUCACUUUGCAGCAGGCUGGAUCAGAUAACUUAAAUGUGCUGAUACUAUAUUUUUUCUUUAAAAUAUAGCUUAAAAGCAAUUUUAAAUUAAAAUUUAUGAAAAUAUAUUUGUAAUUUUAUAUAGUUGGAAACUUUAAUGCUUGUAAUAUAUUUUUGUAUACAAAUAAAACCUGAACUGAAAUCUAGCUGUCUAAA